UGGUGACGCCACCUCUGGCUCAGUCACAUAGCUGCGUGGUACGUGACUGGAGGCAUAUCAUUGUCCUCGCCUGGAUCACGCCAAUGUGGCCCCAUCCCCACCUCCCCACCCCAUGAUGUCAGAAAAAACCCAACAGAGCAAAUUGGCUGAGGCCAAGGAAAAGUUUACAGGCUAUCAUCAGUGGAACAGUGCUUGUGUUGGUACUGGAGCAACCAACACCAAACAGAAGAAAAUAAAUAAUGGCACUAACCCUGAGACAACCACUUCUGGUGGUUGCCAUUCACCUGAGGAGAAACAACAGAACCAAGCUCAGCUGAAAGAAGAAAAGAAGGCGAGCCGUCAACAUCAGCCAGCCCUAAGGAGGCAGCUAGAGGCCCAGGAUCAUACUGUACGAAUCCUUAUGUGUCAGAAAACUGAACUGGAGACAGUGCUCUAUUACAGCCAGGAUGCUGCCGGGAAAUUUGAAGGUGGGAAUCUGGGCACCCCAUCAUCCCUCAACCUCGCACUUUCACAGGCCUUUAGGGGGAGUCCUUUGGGCCGCAUCUCAACCUCUCUCAUUCCAGGAGAGUCCCAGGAUCUGGCAGACCGCCUGCAUCAUUCCUGGCACUUUGAAGGAGAGUUACAGCAGGCCCUCUCCUCUGUGUCCACACAGCACAAGAAGGCAGACAGGUACAUCGAGGAGUUAACAAACGAGAGGGACGCCAUGAGUCUGGAGCUGUAUAGGAACACCAUAACCAAUGAGGAGCUGAAGGAGAAAAAUGCCAAACUACAAGAAAAACUUCAAAUUGUAGAAUCUGAAAAGUCUGAGAUCCAGCUCAACAUCAAGGAGCUAAAAAGGAAGCCGGAGAAGGACAAAAUCCUGCUGCCACAGGUUCAAACCAACACUUUACAGGAGGAGAAGAUGUGGAGGCAGGAGGAGAAGCUUCAGGAUCAGGAGGAGAAGAUACGGAAGCAGGAGGAGAAGCUACGGGAUCAGGAGGAGAAGAUACGGAAGCAGGAGGAAAAGAUGCGGAGACAGGAGGAGAGGCUGUGGGCACAGGAGAAGGAGCUGCGGGAGCAGCAGGAGCAGAUGUGGGAGCAGGAAAAGGAGCUGCAGGAGCAGGAAAAGAAGAUGCAGGAGCAGGAGCAGCAGAUGAGGGAGCAGGAGCAGCAGAUGGGGGAGCAGGAGGAGAAGAUGUGGAGACAGGAGGAGAAGAUGUGGAGACAGGAGGAGAGGCUGUGGCAGCAGGAGAAGCAGAUGCGGGAGGAGGAGGACAAGAUGCGGGAGCAGGAGGAGAAGAUGUGGAGACAGGAGGAGAAGAUGUGGAAGCAGGAGAAGGAGCUGCGCGAGCUGGAGGAGCAGAUGCAGAAGCAGAAGGAGCAGAUGUGGAAGCAGGAGGAGCAGGUGUGGAAGCAGGAGGAGCAGAGGCCCAAGCUGGAGGAGCAGAUGCGGAAGCAGGAGGAGCAGAUGCGGAAGCAGGAGGAGCAGAUGAGGAAGCAGGAGGAGCAGAUGCGGAAGCAGGAGGAGCAGAUGUGGAAGCAGGAGGAGCAGAUGCGGAAGCAGGAGGAGCAGAUGUGGAAGCAGGAGGAGCAGAUGAGGAAGCAGGAGAAGGAGCUGCGUGAGCUGGAGAAGCAGAUGCGGAAGCAGGAGGAGCAGAUGAGGAAGCAGGAGGAGCAGAUGCGGAAGCAGGAGGAGCAGAUGAGGAAGCAGGAGGAGCAGAUGCAGAAGAAGGAGGAGCAGAUGAGGAAGCAGGAGGAGCAGAUGCGGAAGCAGGAGGAGCAGAUGAGGAAGCAGGAGGAGCAGAUGAGGAAGCAGGAGGAGCAGAUGCGGAAGGAGGAGCAGAUGAGGAAGCAGGAGGAGCAGAGGCCCGAGCUGGAGGAGCAGAUGCGGAAGCAGGAGGAGCAGAUGAGGAAGCAGGAGGAGCAGAUGCGGAAGCAGGAGAAGGAGCUGCGCGAGCUGGAGAAGCAGAUGCGGAAGAAGGAGGAGCAGAUGGGAGAGGUGGAGGAGCAGAUGUGGAAGCAGGAGGAGCAGAUGCGCGAGCUGGAGGAGCAGAUGCAGGAGCAGGACGAGAGGCUGCGAUUGAAGGAGGAGAGGCUGUGGGAUCAGGAUGAGAAGAUGCGCGAGGAGGAGGAGAAGAUGUGGAUACAGGAGGAAAGGCUUCAGGAGCAGGAAAAGGAGCUACGGGAGAAGGAAGAGGAGAUGCAGAAGCAGGAGAAGAUGCAGGAGGAGGAGGAGAAGAUGCGGGAGGAGAAGAAGAAGAUGCGGGGGCAGGAGGAGAAGAUGCGGGAGAAGGAGAGGAUGGGAGAGCAGGAGGAGAAGAUGCAGGAGGAGCGGUGCUCAGAGCCCUGCCUCCCUCCCUCCAAAGACCUUUCUGAUAGGAGCCACCCUGGCAGCGUGGAGCCUGCACGAGAGGCCGGGAACGGUUAUUCCCAUGACAACCGCACUGCACAGCAGAUGAUGCAGCUGCUUGGUGGAAGGAAGAACGCCCAGGAGCGCCCAGUCUUAGGCAGCACCUCCUGCAUCCCAUUCUUCUACCGAGGAGAUAAGAAAAAGAUGAAGAUCAUCAGUAUCUAAAAGCCGGCACUGUCAACAAGGCCUACAGAAGUGUAAGCCGCCGUGGAACUUUGUGAAUAUAGUCUGAGAACAAACUUGAAAAAAAGAAAAAAAAAAGAAAAUUUAUUUUAAAUUGUGGCAAAAUACUGGCUUGGUGCAGUCGCCCACACUUGUAAUCGCAGCACUUUGGGAGGCCUAGGCAGGUGGUUCACCUUAAGUCAGGAGUUCAAGACCAGCCUGGCCAACAUGAUGAAACCCCGUUAAAAAAGUUAGCCAGGCAUGGUUGCGCACGCCUGUCAUCCCAGCUACGCGGGAGGCUGAGGUUGCAGUGAGCCUACAUCACACCACUGCCUCCAGUCUGGGUGACAGAGUGAGACUACACCUCAAAAAAAAAAAAAAAAUUCUACCUGAGGACUAUAAUAUCUAUGUACAUUUCUAUUGCUUUUUCUUGGUCUUUCUCAUUUAGUCUUGUGUUGUCUUGUCUUAUGGCAUGCCUAGUAAACUUUUAUCUGCCUCCAGAGAGUAAUGACUUUGACUUUAUGGCACACAAUUGGAGUAAGAGCAGACCACCUUCAUCUGGUUUGGGACUAAGCUAGUUCAAAGCAGGUUUUAGGUUUUGUGACAGCUGGUCUAUGUUUUAUUCAUUUGGACUCCUAGGGGUGGCCCUUCCAGGGUCCCCACCAAGGUCCCAUCUCCUUCCUGGGAUCCAAAUUCUCAUUAGGUCAUUUCAGCCCUGUGAGAGUGCCAAACAUUCAGCUAGGCUCUCCAGCCUCUUAACUAUCACUUCACACUCAGUUUCUUAGCCUCUUAGCCCUCUACUGUUGACCAAUCACCAAAUGUGGGAAAAGCACUAUAGACUGUUGGGGUCACUUCCUAGGCCUGGUCACUCAAGUCCUGGCUGAGGUCUUCAAUUACCUUCCAACAACUGUUUUUAAUGGUGGGGGGGACACAUUUUUUUGUGAGAGUCUAAAUAGUUUCUGUGGCAUAAAUGCAUGGUUUAAUGGUGCCUGGGUUGUAACAGAAAAGUAUAUGGGCAAAAAUCAUAAGAGAAAAAUGAUUCAUAUUUUAUGUCUGUCUACAUUAGACCUGCUCAGGGAAUAAAAUUUGGGAAUCACAUAAUAAAUAAGAAACUGCAUGCUUGAUUGAACAUUUGCUUUCUUCACUAUCAGGACAUGGGGACAUAUAUUUUAAGGCUUUUAAAGGCAUUUGGGAGAGAUUUUAUAUAGGCCAUAAAAUGCAUUACCCCUCAAAAAUAAGAAUCACUGAAGAAUAUAGUUGACUCACAGAAAAAAAAAAAUCCUCUCUAAUUUUAAGCCGCUAUUAGUUCUCUUUACAAAAAACUUGGGAAAGUUAUUAUUUUUAUUUUUUUGCAAACUUUAACCAUGACCUCGCUUUACUUCCAUGUAUUUAAUUUCACUGAAAUUAUAUUUCAAAGAAAAGUCUUUCUGGAAAUUGUUUUUACUUUAAUACCCAAAAUUGGAACAACAGCACUCACAGGAGCAAGGCUCCAACCAGUGGAUCAGCUGUUUGGCGUGGAUGUAGAAGAAGGUGCAUUGAAACUCAGUACAUCUGUGUUUAGCCUUAGGCAGAAAGUCUGUUUCUUCAAGUAAACCUAAUAUACUAAAGAUACUCCCUGCAGAUGGCUUGUUUCCAGCCCAUGGCAAGGUAGACAAGUCACAUGGCUUUAAAGGCAAAGCCGUCUUGUCUGUCUCAUGGGGACAUAAGAACAAUCGAUUGUUGAAGGAAUCCUAGGGCUUUUGGCUUCCAGUACAGACAGACAGAUGUGCCUCUCUCGACCUUGCUGAAGCAGGCCCCAAAUAUUCACUCCUAGAACAUGGAGACAAAGAAAGAAAUUGAACUUUCCAAUAUAUUCCAGUUUCUUCUAGAUUCAAAUAUAGCUCUGAAAUGAAGAUGAGAUUGUUUGCAUUGUUGCUUUGUUUUGAAAUUUUAUUAUUAAACCCCACAAUUCGAAGGCACGGAAAUGUUUGCCUAGCAUUCAGCACACCCCAAACAUUUCCAGAUGGGUUGCAAGAAGUCAACCUCAUCCAGAUUUUGUUUCUGCUGGAGAUGUCGUCCCUUGCUGUAUGUCCUUGCAUAUUUUUCCUGCCAGCUGUGGGAAGUGACAGGACAUGGUUUAAUUUGGGCUGCUGUUCUGUUUCUUUAAGCCUGCAGCAGACAGCCCUUUUGAAACUCACCCUUUGCCUCUCCUCCCUCCUAUAAUUCAUUUUUUUCCUCAUUUUUUUUCUGAUAGUGCAUAUUACUUGAGAUUUUCCUGGAAAAGUUGUGAUUAUCUGGAAUUGGAUCUUCUGCCACCUUCAACAGCUCGAAUCCUUGUAGGCUAGCAGCUAACCUAGAGCUGGCAGACUCAAAUGGAAUCUUGAUCUCUUCAUAUUUAAGGCUCAGAAAACUCAAAAGGAGUGCUUUGUAAAAUACUUCUGUUUAUAUUAUAUGUAUGAUAAUUAGCAUGAGUACAAAAUGGGCAAAAUUUAGCUGGGCUCAGGUAGACUUUCCUAUGGAUCAGAUAAAUGGAAAUGAAAAAAAGUAUGAGGACACAGAUUUGCUGAUUGUUCUCCAUCUUUUAUAUUUAUUUCUUAACUUGUCUUGGUCUACUGUAGAAUGUUCCAGAAAUGUCAUUGGGUAUAAUGUCUGAUUUAGCACUGACUUAUUUGUGGGUUUGCUUCGAGUGUAUUUUCCUUGGGCUUUGGGUAUAUGACUGCCACAAAUUUUAAUUACACUAAUUAGACGUAGGUGGAUGCUUAAGCCCAGUUGGAGUCCUAGCCCUGUUCAGCUGCCUCUGUCAUUAGUUUUUCUGGUGACAUGGUUUGGCACCAUCUUCCAACACAUUUUCCGGAAAUUAGUUUUAAGUUCGAAAAUAACUUGUCUAAUAAAGCUACUGGCAUUCAACUAGUGUCUUUAACUUGUUGAAGUGGACUUGAGUAAAAUGCAUACAUUU